CGAGUGGAGGAGGAGAAUUUUGUAAACUCUCUCCCUUGCUUUUCCCACCAAGUCAUGCGGUUUGAUUUCACAGGGUCCGUGAACUCCUUUUUUGCAGGAUCUUAAAAUGCGGGAGGAAUGCUUGAGGGGAAACACAAAUGAAGAAGCAGACUAGGAUCUGGAUGAAUAUGAUCAGCCUCUGUGGAAGGAUUGAGGUUUGUUAUGUUCUGCGUGUGUGAAAAUGUUUUAGAUAUCUGUGCGGCUGAAAAGAUACUGUGAAACCCGAGAAGCAACCCCGCCAGUCCUCCAAAAUAUGAGUGUACCAGAAGUACAUGAACCAGUUGUGCAGUUUGAACAAACAUUGCACCAUUCACAACGGAGUGUGUGUGUUUAUAUGCGUUCUGUGAGUGGACAAAGCUUCUAAUGAUUGUUCAACUUGGAGAAGGACAGCAACACGAUGGAGAAACCAUGGAAAUGUGAAGAUUGUGGUAAAGGAUUCAACUACCCAUCUCUGCUGGAAAACCAUCGACGCAGUCACACUGGUGAGAAGCCGUAUACUUGCUCGGUCUGUGAGAAGGCAUUUACUCAGUUAUCUUGCCUACAGUCACACCAACAAACUCACACUGAGGAGAGGCCAUUCAGGUGCACUUGUUGUGGAAAGCGGUUCCGGUCUUCGUCCAACCUCACUGCACACCUGCGAGUUCACACAGGUGAGAGACCAUUCACCUGCUCCGAGUGUGGGAAAGGAUUUACUCGAUCCUCCCAUUUGCUUGAACACCAACAAACACACACUGAAGAGAGGCCUUUCAGCUGCUCAAAUUGUGGAAAAAGGUUCAGGUCUUCACCCAAUCUUAUUGCUCAUCAACGAGUUCAUUCUGGGGAGAGAUGCUUCAUUUGCUCUGUGUGUGGGAAGGGAUACACUCAUCCGUCCAACUUGCUGAUACAUCAGCGAACUCACACAGGGGAGAGGCCAUUUACUUGCUCUGUGUGUAGGAGGAGUUUCACAAAGUCUUUUAACCUGGUAAUACACCAGCGAACUCACACUGGGGAGAAACCAUUUAUCUGUUCUGUGUGUGGGAAGGGUUUCAGUCAGCCAUCAAACCUGCUGACACAUCAGCGAGUUCAUAAAUGAUAACUGGGGUUAAAUCCUGCUGCUAACCAUGUUAACAAUUCCUAUAAAAGGCUGGAGAUUAGUAUUCUGUAAAUGUCACUGAUUUUUGUGGCUGUUGUCUGAAAAGGUAUCUGUGAUGCUUACACUUAAUCCAGUUUAAUUUCAAAGAAUCCCAAGUGUGGGAGCAGGCCAUUUGGCCCAUCAAGUCCAUACUGACCCCCCACCCCGAACAGCAUCUCACCAAGACCCACCCCAUAACUGUGCAUUUCACAUGGCCAAUCCACCUAACCUGGACAUCUUUGGACGGUAGGAGGAAAGCAGUGCACCUGGAAGAACCCCACACAAACACCGGGAGAAUGUGCAAACUCCACACAGACAGGCACCUGAGGGUGGAAUCGAACCUAGGUCCCUGGCGCUGUGAGGCAGCAGUGCUAACCACCAUGCUGCCCUAAAUUUAAACCCAUCUAGUUCACUAAUGCUGUUUAUGGAAGGAAAUCUGCAGUCUUAUUCUGGUCUCGCCUACAUGUGACUCCAGACAGCAAUGCGGUUGCGUUUUAUUUACCUGCAGUCACUCAGUACCAGGCGAAACAAGGAAUGAACAACACUUGCCUGACUUGCCAGUGAUGUCCAGACCCCAUGAAAGACAAAAUUUAAAAAUGUUUCAACAAAAAUCACUUACAAUAAAAUUAUGAAUUUAUAUUUCAAUCCGAAAUUGAUUUUCAUUGCAAAUUUUUAAAAGUUCACUCGAGAUUUGGGCAGCGCUGGCUAGACCAACGUUCAUUGCCCAUCCCUAAUUGCCUGGGAGGAGGAGGUGAUGGAGCUACCUGCUGGAAUCGCUGCAGUCCUUGAAGUGGAGGGAAACCCACAGUGAGGUAAAGAAAGGAGAUCCAGGAUUUUUCACCCAGUGCAGUGAAGAAACAGUGAUAUAUUUCCAAAUUAGGAUGAUGUGUGGCAAAACCGACCUGAUGCACAAUAUUAACACAACAACCAGAAGACUGCCUCACUUGAAAGUAGCCAAGAGAAUUAUGCAAUGGGCCAGAUACUGUGCAAGUAAACGCUCAAUCUGUCUACGUUAAGAAAUUCAAUUUCCCAUGACAACAGAAAUCUACAUGCCAUGAUGGGAUCAAGAGGGUGCUUGGCCCAAACAUUCCCAAAAUUGCCUCCUUGAUAUAUCAUCAGGCAGUGAAGUCCUCACUGACAGCAGUAAACGGAUGACUGAGUGUGAAAAGUACUCCUGAGUUGGACAUCACCCAGUCUCUGCCUGAUGCUGUUCUGCAGCUUCCUGUCAUUGUUGUGUCAGAUGAGAAACCCUCAUCUUACGCUUGAAAAAGCCAUUGAUUCCUGAGCAAGUGAAAAGACACUUGUCAAUACUGGCAUUCCAACCGACCUGCUCAAGCACAGAAACUGUGAUCGACAGUCACACCCUCACCACCUCCUUUGCUGGGAGCUAGGGUUCUUUUGCACAGGACACAUUUGAUGCUAAAAUCUUGAGAGCUUAUAAAAACCGAGGUGCAAGAGGAAACUGCAAAAACCACAGGGAGAUCUCACUCAGCAUGAUAAGGAGGGUCAGGUUUAAAACAGUUUAUUUACAGUGCAGUUUCUGUGGUGUCAGAUCAAUAGUGGACAUAUGCCAGCUGCAAGAGAAGUGUCCAAAUGGUAUUUAAUUGAAAAUUCUGCUAGCUUCUGUACUGAGAAGAGUGAAAUGUUAUAAUUACUGAGUGGGAGUAAACUUCUCAUGAUGAAUAACAACUUACUUGUAGUGUAAAGGCAGCACAGUGAUUCCCUGAAGAUAAUUACAUAAUUAAGGUUAUGAUCUGGAGCUCACAAGCAGUGGGAAACUCCAGCCUCAUUACCUCUUUUUAAUCUGAAAAGUUUGAAGCUUUUGUUUACUUUUGAAAGCAAAUCUUUUCAGUCUUAUUUUUCAACAGUUUAUUAUAUUACGCUGUAAUAAAGGCACCUGGAGAAAGAGCAAAAUAAGUAGCAAACUUCGGGCAAAGCUGAGAAAAUGCCAAAAGAAUUGGAAAAACAAAGAUUAAACUGGUGUUUGGAUCUUUGACCUGGAAAUAAAAGUUACAUAAAGUUGA